AUGUCCGCCCGAACCUUCAUCUCGCACGACCCGCCCAUCGCUGAACCCGACGACCCCGAGCUCAGCAUGCGGGAGGCCGAGAAGCAGAAGAGGAUCAAUCUCGAAGGCACCUGCCCCCCCCCCGCCAACACCCGAAAAGCAGUGUCGGACGUGCCCGACGCGCCCGGGUGGAACGAUCGCCUGGCGUCGGACAGCGAAGCCAAUGUCAAGGCCGAUCGCUCGGAGCUGGAGGACGUGCACGAGAUGCAGGAGUUUACCAUCAAGACCAUCGAGCAGCGGGAGGAGAUCGAGCAGGAGGUGGAGAAGGAGAUCGAAAUGUCUGGCCUGGCCAACGAUGCGGUGAAGGCCUUCGCCCAGGAGUCCAAGGAGUUCCCGGCCGGUCCGUGA